AUGGCCUAUAUAAAAGCCCCAAGUAAGGUAUUUCCAAUCUCAGCAUUCAUUUCAGACCUACCGAGCAAUCUUUUCCCGCCGUCUCUCCAAUUAUCUUCCGAAAAUGGCCCUGUUACCGGACGCUUGGUCAUUAUAGGCGACGUACAUGGGAUGAGAAAAUCCCUAGAGGCCCUCCUAGACAAAAUCAACUUCGACAAAAGCAAAGGAGAUCAUCUCAUCCUAACAGGCGACCUCAUCAAUAAAGGGCCCGACAGCCCUGGUGUUGUUGACAUCGCUAUGAGACUAGGCGCCAGCGCAGUACGAGGCAACCACGAAAACGCAGUUCUUAAUGCUGCCGCGGAAAUCGACGCUACACGGGAUAAGCUACAUUCUGGAGACUUGAAUGGAAGCCCGCCCGCAUCUGAGAACCUUGCAACCGAUUUGCCGAAGGAUACCUUCAAAGGCGAAGUACCUGAGGAAUGCCCACCUUCCAACUCGCAUAACACGGCAUUGGCUCUUUCGAAGCGCCAACUCGACUGGCUUGCCGAUUUACCUUUCAUCUUGCGCGUCAAGUUACCUCAUACCCUAACAUCCUCCCUCGGCGACACUCUACUUGUCGUACAUGCGGGCCUCGUGCCUAGUAUCCCACUUGAAGAGCAGGACCCACAUGCUAUCCUGCAUAUGCGGAGCCUCACUCGCACAUCAGGUGACGAGGAUGAAUUCAAAGCGGCUGAACUUCCCGGAGAAGAAAGCUGGGUAAUAGAAUGGGACCGGUGGCAAGAUACGUUGACAUCCAAAACUACGGUGGUGUUCGGGCACGAUGCAAAGCGUCGUUUGCAGCUGGGCAGGUAUACGAUUGGAUUGGAUUCGGGUUGUUUGUAUGGUCAUCAUUUAAGUGCGGUUGUGAUUGCGGCUUCUCAGGGGGAAAUUGAGCAUCGUGUUGUUCAGGUUGAAUGUGCUGAUGAGCCUGUGGCUCCAACGACAUCGGUGAAAGAAGACCGAUAA